CAGGGCUAUCUCUACUUCGACGAUCUAUCACUACUUACUGUCUCAAGAUAAUACUGAUAUGUCUGCCUCCGCCUUGUCGCAACAACUGUUACGCGUCGCAGUCGCUAUCGACUGCCGGAAAUGAUCACCUCUUCUGUUCUACCCAGCAUCCAUUGAUUCCGCCGCAAUGCCGUCCGCAACCUCGCGAAAUGACUCCUCAAGCAUCCUCAAUCAGAUUGUUAUGUCCCCGUCUGAUUCCGACUAUCUAGAUCAGCUCAUUCCUUCGAUUCGCGAGUAUAGUUAUGGAAAUAAGACAAACCAGCUUCUCCGGUCUUUGUCGCGCUUUGCCAACGAAAAAGAAGAACAGAUCGAAGACAUUUGCAAUACAAACCACCAAGAUUUUGUGACCUCUGUCAAUCAACUUCUCCGCAUUCGCGAGGGUACAGUCAGCCUCACCUCGGAAAUCCUAGACCUCAACCAGUCGAUUCAAACUAGUACCGAGAAACUCGCGGAACAAAAGAAAGCAUUGGUGGAGUCAAGGAGUCACCGCCAAAAUAUCGUGGAAAGUUAUCGCGCGCUACAAGAUUGCCUGGAAGUUCUUCGGCUUUCAAAUCAAGUGCACGACCUUUUGGGCAAGAAGAAUCAUUAUGGGGCCCUCCGAGCACUCGAUGAGCUACAAAAUGUUCAUCUCAAAGAGAUCACACAAUACAAAAUUUCGGAGCUGAUCCAGCGAUCAGUUCCAGCCACCCAGAAAGCUAUUGCCGAAGCUGUUAUGUCAGACCUAAACACGUGGUUGUAUCGAAUAAGGGAAAUGUCACAGUACUUAGGGGAGCUUGCGCUCUAUCACACCGAUCUCCGCAAGACGCGAUUGAAAGAAAGGGCCCAGAAACUGACAUUUAUGGAACAAUUUAAGCUCAAUUCGGCUAUCGAAUUAGUAGCCGAUGAACACGAAGAAUACGACCUACUUAAUAAUGAUGACUUACAAGUCGACUUUACACCAUUAUUUGAAUGUUUGCACAUUCACCGUUCCCUGGGGCAGAUGGACAAGUUCAGAACCGAAUAUGCGAUGACACGGCGUCGGCAAAAGGAGCUUUUACUUCCAAACUCCAUAACUUUGGUUGACGAAGAUGGGGCUAGUUUGCAUACCCUCCUAGAGGAAAUGACUGGUUUUGCAAUCGUAGAAAGGUCAACGAUGAAAAAAGUGCCAGAUCUACGAUCUCUUAUUGAAGUUGAGGAAUUGUGGGAUUCAAUGUGUCACACUGCGGUUGGCUUGAUCACAGCAGCUCUUGAUGAGGUUGAUAACGCCGAAAACCUGGUCAAGAUCAAAAAUCUAGUGGCACUUUUCAUGCAAGCAAUGGAUAGCUGGAACUUCUCGGUUGGUGUAUUUGACAAAUUGCUCUUGACACUCUUUGGGAAAUAUGCGGAUCUAUUAAAGAAACGAUUCAGCGAUGACUUUCAGGAGAUCGUUUCGACCGAUGACUACAUGCCUAUGCCGAUCCAAAAUCUCGAAGAAUUUGACAAAGUUAUUAAUGUUAGCUGGUAUACCCCAGAAAAACCGCGACAUGAACAAGUGUUUCCUUGUGUAUUACCAUUUUCGCAGAUGUAUCCCCUUUGUUGUAUCGACAUUCGAAACUUCCUGAACCAGUUCUACUUCUUCUCAAAUGAUGAUUUCCCUCAUUUGGAUAUUAUUGACGAGACUCUGAAGACGGCCUUGGACGAUCUUCUAUCGAAUCAAGUCUGCGAAACGCUUGUUGAGCGUCUUGGCUCACAAUAUCUUGGACAAAUUGUUCAGAUCCUCAUCAACCUUGAACACUUUGAAAUGGCCUGUCAAGAACUAGAGACCCUCUUAGUGGCAGCCCGCUCGCAGGCAUCCUCUGCCGCACCGGUUUCUCUUAACGCAACAGAAAAAUUUAGAAACAACAAAAAGGCGGCCGAAAAACGCAUUUUCGAGGUUGUUAAUUCUAAAAUAGACGAUCUCAUUGAAACAGCUGAAUAUGACUGGGUGUCGAUCACCGAGCCGUCUGAGCCCAGUAAUUACAUGCAGACAUUGACUCGGUUCCUGUCUAAUAUCAUGAACUCCACACUACUCGGUCUUCCGACUGAAAUUAAGGAGCUUAUUUAUUUCGACGCUUUGAGUCACGCAGCGAAUAGAAUCCUAGCGUUACCCUUGUCACCUGAAGUGAAAAAAAUUAACCCUAACGGUGUUGCCGCGUUGGCCCAAGAUAUCGAGUACUUGGCAGCAUUUGUUGAUAGCCUUGAGGUGCCUAUUUUGAGAGAAAACCUGGACGAAUUGCAACAGACAGUGAACUUGUUACAGUCAGAGAACAGUGAUGAAUUCUACGAUAUCUCGACAAGAAACAAAAAAUACGGCAGAGUCGAUGCUAUGAAUGGGCCAAUUCUGCUUGAAAAGCUCACACGAACAGUGCAGAGCCCACUGAAAUCCGAUAAAUUUGCAGCUCUAUCGUCAAGGUUUGGAAUGAAGUAGCUGCCCAAUCUGCUCGACUAUUCAUGAUACUUAGUUUUACGCCAACCAAAUACACACUAUUGUAUUCCUUAGAGAUAGUAACAUGAAAAAACGCCCAAUAAUUCAACACCCUUAAAAACAACAUUGUUGAACAUAAGUUCACCCAUUUCAUCACUAGUAAUCAUUGACCCUCUGUAUUUAAAUACAUUUCCGCAACUACUUUACCAGCAUACUAGCUAUUUGAGCUCACU